AUGGCCUUGCGUAGGACCCCACCAUCUCUCUCGUUGACGUGUCCUCCGCUCCCUCCUUGGCUAUACCCACUCCUUGGGCCCCGACACUCCACAGUUCUACUUCACCUCAUUGUUGUUGUCAAUAAUGUUGAGUAUCACCCCCUAAACGAUGUCCUGUUCGAUUUCGAACUUCCCAAUCCCAUCCCCAUCCUCGUCUGGAGGCGCCUCGUCGCUGAGAACAACUGUGUCGUUGACGAAGAACACGAACACGAACGUGAUCGUGAACGUUAA